GCAAUUACAACUCUGCUGCUGCGCAUCAUAUCUAUGAUGGCGAUGUCGAGGCCGUGGUACACAGGCCGCAGCAGCGGGAAUAGAUAAGGCAGCGAGGGGCCGCGCGCCGAGCCAGUCAUGUGCAGUGUCAUGUGGCUUCUUCGGCUCCUGACGAUCUACCGCUUGGCACAUCUCUCGGCAUCCGGUACGCAGACAGAACUGCCUCUGGCGACGGACUCGAUUUCGACGAAAUCGACGACGGCGGCAAAGCGAUCUGUGCCGACGGAUGCACCAAUGCUGAACUAUAUCUUUGAUACGCACAGCACUUUGAACAAGCAUCAACAUCAUCACGAUCACAAAUGGGGCCCUCACUUCGAAGGCGAGAGUUCUAACAUUACCGUACAAGCGGGUGCUAGUGUUACGCUCGAUUGCAGAAUAUCGUUGCUGCAGGACAAAACCGUAUCCUGGCUGCGGCGACAGGAGAGUAGUGAGAAGAUGAGAUUGCUGACGGUGGGUCAGCAGACAUAUACGGGUGAUUCGAGAUAUACCAUCGAAUUUCAGUACCCGGACAACUGGCGUCUGCGAAUCAAGCGUGUUAACAGCAGCGACGAGGGCCAAUACGAGUGUCAAAUCAGCACCCAUCCACCAAAGUUCAUUUAUGUCAACCUACACAUUAACGCGCCGUCCGUCCAAAUAGUGGACGCCCUAGGCGAACCACUGCGGGACAAAUAUUAUGAAGCUGAUAGCACCAUCGAAUUAUUGUGCGUCGUACGUCAUAUAGCGAUGCAGGUGCAAUACAGCGUCGUCCAGUGGCUCCACGGCAAUAGAGUGCUAAAUUACGAUACGACGAGAGGCGGUAUCAGCGUGAAAACGGACUUGAUGGAAGAGGGGGCCAAUUCGACUCUCAGCAUAGCUAAAGUCGGACCUUCGGAUAGCGGAAAUUACACCUGCCAGCUUACCACCAUGCCAGACCAACCCGCCACAGUUCACGUUCAUGUUUUGAACGGAGAAAGUUUAGCCGAGUUACAUCAUAGCGGUGCACGACUCGUUCGAGCGGAUGCCACUAGCUCAUCACUAUUCUUCCUGGCUGCUGUUCUAGCCCGAUCAGGUCAGGUGCUCAGAUGAAGGCUCGAAUAGCUUUCUUGGGUAUCACGAAAACUGCCCGGGUUGGUGAGAGAGCACUUCGUGGCGAUGAUAAAGGGACAGUGCUCCUCAACGAUGAACAAAACAUUAUCAUCUAUGCACCGCACGAACUUUUCUAUUAUCGUGACGAGAGUAGACAUGAGGGCCAAAGUGGGAGUGUGUUACGUUAUUAUAUUACGUUGACGUUAAAAGACGUAAGCGAAGAGACAGAGGCGGUUGGCUGCGUUGUUUUGAAACGUUAUUCUAAACGCGAUAUGGAUCGCUUGGCAUUCGCGAGAUUCAUGUCAGAGCGUUUCUGUAUCGCAAAAUAAUACCUUCGUCAAUUCUCAGCACAAUUUUAUUCAAGCGUUUAUACAUGGGAUUAUAUUUUCCACGCAGGAUAGACGCCUCAGUG